AUGUCCGACUACUACAUCAUUGUGAUCGUCUUCAUACUCAUCAAUGAUGUGUGGUACGUGUUCUACAUCUUCGUGUGCAUCUACCUGUGGGGCGACUGGGUGCGGCGCGCGCGGAAGGCGAAGGUCAAGUUCAUCAUCCUGUCGGCGCUCAACGUCGGCCCGCUCGCCUACAUGCCCGUCAUCGACGAGGCGCUCGGCGUGACGGCGCCGGACGAGAUCGUCAAGGAGGCCGCCGAGGACGGCUACGAGGCGCCCGGCGUCGUCUUCGGCGGCAUCUGCGAGAUGGAGACCGCCGUGCUGCUCAAGGCCGUGGGCGCGGCGAAGACUUGGAUGCGCGAGGCAUCGACGCGCAGCAGCUGGUACCAGCAUCUGCUCGCGGCCACGCACGAGGCCAACGCGGGCCGCGGCGUCGCCGGCGGGGACGUGCGGUUCGCGCUCUGCUCUGCCGUCGGGCGGAACUUCUUCGACGAGACGCAGAUGGAGGUCCUCCAGGAAAAGAUCAAGGACGACUUCGCCGCCCGCGCCGUCGCGGCGACGCGCGGGCCCAUGUCGAUGCGCACCAUGGUGCUCAAGGUCGAGACCAAGGUGCAGUUCGGGAAGAAUGCGUCGUCGAUAUUGAACAGCGGGAUCAAGGAGCGGGAGAAGGAGUGCGACGCGCUGGCGAUCGCGAACAUCGACGGAGGGCUAGCCAUCAUCUACAUCGUGGAGAUCGGCCUCUGGCACUGCUGCAAGGCGACCAAAUUCGGCAAACGACCGGUCGACGGCGGAUUUGAGAUCCUGGACGAAGAGCCGGCGAACGGGCAGCUUUACGGCGGCCCGGGCUGCCGCGUCGUAUCGGUCAAAAAAGUUCUCAAU